AUGCGGGUGUGCCGUCUGGCGGCAGUGGCGGCGCGGUCACCCACAGCCUGGCAGCGGCGGUCUGCCCGCGUAGCCCGCCGCUACGCCACCGCGGCCCCUAUCACAGCCAUCGCCACGCCCUGCCCCAAGCCCGCGAUGCCCACCUUCCAGCCGCCGGUGCCCUGGGUCCCGGACCCGCCCGCGGCGCCCACGCCGGAGGCAUCGCCAUCCCAAGCCGCCGCUCCCGCCGCCGUGCCCGCCGCUCCCAUCCCAGGCCUGGCCGACCUCUGGCAGGCCUACCUUCACUCCCUGGCGCGCCACCCGCUGUUCACCAAGGCCGCCACCUCCUUCUUCUGUGUCUGCUUGGGCGACCUCAUCGCGCAAGCCAUCGGCGGCGCGCCGCUCAGCGCCUCGCGCAUGCUGCGCCUGGCCGCCUACAGCAGCACGGUGGGCGCCGCCACGGGCCACUACUGGCACAGGUGGCUAGAGGCGCACGUCUGCCCGGACAGCCCCACCUGCAACCGCUCGGUGGUCACCAAGAUGGCGCUGGACCAGCUGGUGCUCACCCCUGUCAUGACGGCCGUGUUCUUUGUGGCGCUAAAGCUGAUGGAGGGGCGCCCCGACACCAUCGAGAAGUACGUGCAGACGCUGCUGGCAGGAUACGCGGUGUGGGUGCCCUGGAACUAUGCCAGCUUCAAGUGGAUCCCGCAGGACCUGCGAAUCCUGGCCGGCAACCUGGUGGGCAUCGGCUGGGGCACCUUUGUCAGCGUGUCGUGCAUCAACAACGCCGGCCCCUCCACCCCCUCUGCCUGCCCCGCCGUGAUGGCGGCGCUGGAGGCGGUGCCGGCGGCCUGCCCAACCGUCAUGGCGGCGGUGGAGGCCGCGGCGCUGGGCCCUCAAUAA